CGAACGACAGAACACAAAAACGAAACAAUUUUCACGAAAGUGAAAUUUUUUGCCUCGAUUGUUUUGAUUUGGGUGCUAUGCAAUAAAAAUCGCGAUCCAGUUUGUGCAUUAUCCAGUGGAAAAUUGGAUUGUAUGUUCAAAAUGUGAAUUUCUUUCCGUGCUAUCGAGUGUGUGUCACAGUGAUUCAUCACCAAAUAGAUUCCAAAAAUAAAAUAAUGAAAAUGAUCUGUAAAAAUAGAUUUAUUUUCCUCAUUUUAUCGGCAAUUGGUUGCUUCAGUUUAUUUUUGUAUUGGUCCACUUUUCCAUGGUUCAGCAACAAAAAUUCCAAUUUCGCAAAAUUGACGUCCAAGAACAAUUCCAUCGGAAAACAAAAUUCCGACGUCAACUUUGACGAGAAUUUGGUGGUCAUCUACAAUCGAAUUCCAAAGACCGGAUCGACCAGCUUCAUCAAUUUAGCUUAUGAUCUCUGUAAAAAGAAUAAAUUCCACGUUUUGCACAUAAACAUCACAGCCAACAUGCAUGUACUGUCGCUGCAGAAUCAAUUGGAUUUCGCUAAGAAUAUCACUAUGUGGAAUGAAAUGAAACCAGCCCUGUAUCAUGGACACAUGGCGUACUUGGACUUUUCCAAGUUCAGCAUGCCAUCAAAACCGAUUUAUAUAAAUUUAGUUCGUAAGCCGCUCGACCGAUUAGUGUCAUACUACUACUUUCUACGUUUCGGCGACAAUUUUCGCCCAAAUUUAGUGAGAAAAAAGGCUGGUGAUAAAAUGACGUUCGACGAAUGUGUGGAAAAGAAGCAACCAGACUGUGAUCCUAAAAAUAUGUGGUUACAAAUUCCAUUUUUCUGUGGCCAUGCUGCUGAGUGCUGGAUCCCAGGCAAUGAAUGGGCGCUCAACCAAGCAAAACAAAAUUUAGUAAAUAAUUAUUUCUUAGUCGGUGUAACGGAACAAAUGGAAGAUUUCAUCAAUUUAUUGGAACUUUCACUGCCGAGAAUAUUCAACGGAACGUUGGACCACUAUCUGAAUUCGAGCAAGUCGCAUCUGCGACAGACGGCAUCGAAACUGCAACCGACUAGCAAAACAAUAAGUGAUAUAACAAAGUCUCCCAUUUGGAAAAUGGAAAACGAACUCUACGAAUUUGCGUUGCAGCAAUUUCAUUUUUUGUACAAAUUGCGCAACAACAUCCGAUUACAAGGGAAGAAUUUGACGCAGAAAUAUUUUUAUGAGAAAAUUCGACCAAAGUAAAGUCGAUUGGAUUUGACCGUUGAAGUGAUGAUAGUGGACGGACGACAAAAAAGUCGAACAAGAAAAUGUUUGCUGGAUAUAAUGAAGCAGUGAACGUAAUUUGAUGUAGUUCCAAUGCACAAUUGUUGAUCGCAAGCGAAUUGUGUAGUGUACAAAAUGUGAAUAAAAUCCUGUAAAUUAAGAAACGUACGACCCGUAAGUUUAUUUGUCUUCCAGCUUAAUUACAUCAGAUUUGUAUAGUGUUCGCAAUAAAUAUACAUGUUGUGUACC